UAGUGUUUUGUUUCUUUUUAAAUGUGUUUGCGAUACGAUUCAGUUGUAAUAUUGCUUUAGAUUUUUGCCAAAUUUCAAUCUUCCAUCAUUCAUACGUAGAUAUUAUUUAAACAUUAUAUGCAAUAAAAUGUAUCUCAUAUGUAUCUCCCCAUCCUGAUAGACAGAAAUAAAUAAAAAACAGGCUACUGUUGAUUCUAUGCAUUGUUUAUGUAUAUCAAUGAUUAAUGAUUCUAAGUUGAGCUGUACCUGUAUAAUCAAUAUUACCAUGGUAAACUCCAAACAAAUUUCAAACCUAAUAAUUCUCAGUUCAUCAUCAAGUCUUCUGUGUCAUUGUAUUACAUAACGUAGUUACAGGAUGUCUACAGAAAUUGUAAGCCUACAAACUAACAAGAUUAUCACUCUGUUACACUCUGAAGAGAAAAAGCGGAGAUCUGAAGCACUCAAACAAAUUCUCAACUUAAUGAAAUCUAAUCAAUCAAAGGAAUCCAGUGAGUGGAGUGGAGUGAAAGAAUGCAACGAAUCCACUAAACACAGUUCGUUCAAUUCAUCUGAACUGUGGGACUCAAUCAGCAAACCCUUACUCAGAAUCCUAAACGACCCAGUCGAAGAAUGUAGAGACCUAACAUUAGAAAUCCUGCAAUUAUUCUUAAAAGACUCUCCACCAGAUGACAAAUACAUCAACUACUUAUUUCCAAUCUUAAAUAGAAGACUAGGCUCGAGUGAGCAAAUAGAAACCUCAGAAGAAGUUCGAUUGAAAUCAGUUUUAUUAAUCAAAACGAUAAUUAAUAAAUACGAAGAAUUGUUAUCGACUUACGUUGACGAUUUGACGAGUAUUUUAAUUAAUACUGCGAAGGAUAAUUAUCCUAUUAUCAAGAAAGAGAGCUGUGAAUCUAUUCAAAUGUUUGCUAAGUGUUUGACUCGAUUAUUUUAUUACCAAUCGAAGAAUUUCGUUAAACCGGUGUUAGUCAAUUUUUCUCAUCAGCAUUAUCGAGUUAGAUCUGUUGCAGUUAAGACUAUUGGAGAAAUUAUUCAGUUUGGAGAUGGGAAAUUGGUUGAAGAGGUCGCUCAACCAUUGGCUGAGAGAUUGUUUGAUCAGAAUGGAAUUGUUAGAAAAGCUGUGAUUGAAGUAGCUGGUUCUUGGCUCUUAAAACUGCGAGACAGGUACAGUUGGUGGCACAGGAUUAUUCCCUUGCUUCUGACUGGUCUCCAUGAUGAAUUAGAAGAAAUUAGAAUGAGGUCUGCCGAGCUUUGGAAACAAGUUGGAUUACAAUACAUGAAGGAAAAUGAAACUGAUGAGAAACUUAAGGAUAAAAUGGAUUUUCUUACUGAAAAUCUACCACACUAUCCUAAGGUUAUGAGACCAAAUUUGGGUUGUCGUACAAUAGCCCAGCAAUCUUUUGGCAAAUUACUAAACGGAAUGAUUUUGGAAUUGAGUGAUUGGAUUGCAGACAUCAGAGUCAGGACAGCUCAGCUACUGUGUGUGUUCGUCUUACAUUUAGAAGAAGAUAUCACACAGCAUAUUGGAAAAAUCCUUGGCCCCAUGUACAGGGCUUGUAACGAUGAAGACAAGAGAGUAGUAGAGAAUUUGGAAAGGGCCUGCGAGUAUAUGGGCUACUUUGUACUUCCUCAAACAUAUUUUUCUUUGAUUGUACCAACAUUAGAGGAGAAUUUAUCAGUGGGACACUUGAGAGUGUUUUCUUCGAUUUUAAAAGGCAGCGAAAGAUCCAAGCUCAAACCAUUUUUAAAGGAUGUGGCUCACUUCUUGGCUCAACCUCAUAUUUGUCAGAGUAGGAGUGGAGAAUACCAGAAAGAACUGCUAGCCUGUUGCUCUUCGUUAAUUUCAGCUUGCGAUGAGGUACGUUAAAUACAAUCUUAGACAGUCCAAAUUCAA